AUGUCCGGUUCAGCCACCCCCGAGCGCGACGUCCAGCUUCUCGAGGUCGGCAAGCAAUGCUCCGACCCGACCUGUCUUCUCGUCGACUUCCUCCCGUUCAAGUGUCAGCAUUGCGCACAACCAUUCUGCGGCGAACACUUUCUGCCUACUGCCCACCACUGCGCACAGUACGAUGCUGCGAAGCUUGAUAGGGUUGCCCCAUCUUGCCCUCUUUGCAACACUCCUGUGGCCAUACCCCCUGGCCAGGACCCGAAUAUUCGCAUGGAGCGACACAUCAACAGCGAGUGCUCUGUCAUGACGGGAAGGUCGGGCAAAGCGAAUGCUGCUCCCCACUGCGCGCGACCCAAAUGUGGCAAGGUGCUCUUCUCGCCUAUACGUUGUGAUUCAUGUAAGCAACAGUUCUGCCCGCAACACCGCUUCCCCAAAGAUCACUCUUGCUCCACGUCUCGAGCAUCUGUGUCGAGGCAACCAGCGGCUACGAACACAUGGGCGAAUGUCCAGAACCAGACGAGUGCCGCGUCGGCUGCAGCCAUGGCUGCUAUCAAACGCGCCACCGCAACUGCCUCGACAGCUCCGCGGACGCACAGUCAACCGAAGGCGCAACCUCCUUCUUCCGACGCCAAGUCUGGUUCCUCGUCAUCUUCACGGUCCAGUCCAUUCUCCGCGACAGACCGGUGCGUUAUUUCUGUUGCAUUUAUUUUCAGUGGAUCACUCACGGACGUGCAGUCACACUAUCCUGUUGACGACUCCAUCUUCCCGUUCCAUUGCUCCCUCGACAUCUGA